GACUAUGGAGGCCACAAAUUGUAGAUUUUCUAUCACUAUAAAUUUCCACAACAGUUGGAAACCGAGUUAAGACAAAAUUAUAUGAUGGAAAAAAUCACAGAAAAAUAUAGAGGCCAUGUUCUAGCCGUGCCUUAUCCAAGUCAAGGACACAUAUGUCCCAUGCUCCAAUUUUGUAGACGUCUAGUCUCCAAAGGUGUCAAGGCCUCCUUAGCCAUCACUAAACAUAUCUCGACUACAUUAAACCCCGAACCCGACUCCCACGUUAGCCUCGUAACCAUUUCUGAUGGGUUCGACGAUGGUGGAUUCUCACGGGCUGAGAGUAUCUCUGCCUACCUUGCUCGCCUCGAGGUUGUCGGGUCUCAAGCCCUAGGGGAUAUUAUUGAGGAACAUGUUGGUACACGUAACGCUAUAACUUGUAUAGUGUAUGAUGCGUUUUUUCCUUGGUGUCUAAAUGUUGCUAGGAAAUAUGGACUACAAGGGGCUUCUUUUUUUACCCAAGCAUGUGGGGUGAAUUAUUUUUACUAUUUGAUUCACCGUGGGAAGUUUACUAUGCCGGUUUGUUCGCCCACGGUAGAUGUUCCGGGGUUGCCUCCCUUGGAUGUUGGUGAUCUACCGUCUUUUGUGAGCUCACCGGAGUCUUACCCGGCUUACCUUGACUUGGUUUUCAACCAAAUCUCUAACUUGGAGGAGGCUGAUUUUGUUCUUGUUAACACCGUCUAUGAGUUGGAAGACAAGAUAGUUGAUGUAAUGUCCAAAGAAUGUCCAUUGUUAACAAUUGGGCCAACAAUUCCAUCCUUUUAUGUGGACAAGCGAAUUCCACUUGACAAAGAUUAUGGCCUAAGUCUCUACCACCUGGACCCUACACCUACCACCAAUUGGUUAAGCACGAAGCCACAAAAUUCAGUGGUUUAUGUGUCAUUUGGUAGCAUGGCAUGUCUACCAAAGGCUCAAAUAGAAGAAUUAGCAUGGGGUUUGAAGCAAAGUGACUACCACUUCUUGUGGGUGGUUCGAGCUUCCGAGGAGGACAAGCUUCCGAAAGGAUUUGCUAAUGAGGUUGCCGCGAAAGGGUUAAUAGUAACAUGGAGUCCGCAACUAGAGGUGCUCGCUAGUGAGGCAGUUGGAUGUUUUUUCACUCAUUGUGGUUGGAACUCGACACUGGAGGCGUUGGUUAUGGGUGUACCUAUGAUAGGGAUGCCACAAUGGACGGAUCAACCUACGGUUGCUAAGUUUGUUGAGGACGUUUGGAAUGUAGGGGUAAGGGUGAAAGUGAACGAGGAAGGGCUUGUAAGAAGAGAGGAAGUUAAGAGACGUAUAAUUGAGGUGAUGGAACAAAGAAAUGGGAAGUUGGUUGAAAAUAGUAAUAGAUGGAAGGAUUUGGUAAACAAGGCAAUUUGUAAGGAUGGAUCUUCGGAUAGGAAUAUUAAUGAGUUCAUUUCCAAAAUCUAUACGUCACAAUAAAAGUGAUUCUACUUAGUUACGAAAACAAGAAUUUUGUGUUAGAUUUUAGAUCUCUAGGGUUCAAUUUCUAUCAAGUGAUGGUGCUUGUCCCUCCUCCCUACUCUUAUGUGCCCUGCACCGUAAAUACUGGACCAAAAUUUGCGAGGGUUGAUUCUCAUCAUGGCCCCUACUCUAUCUGAUGUCAACUGUAAUACCUCGUAUUUUUGCGUAUUUAUAAAUACUUUCUCCUUCUUUUAAUA